AUGGAUUUCGAUAAAGCUUUAGAAAAGUGUGGCAAUUAUGGCCCUUAUCAACUCGUGGUGCUUUUGCUGUUUGGUUAUACCAACUUUAUGUCUUCCUUACACUAUUACUCACAGACUUUGAUCUCAUUUACACCCGAACACUGGUGCUAUCAUGAGCAAUUGGAAAAUAAAACAUUUUCAGAAAUUCAAGAAAUUUAUAAAAAUUUUUCAAAUCCUCAUUGCACUCUGUUGGAAUACACUGAAGAUUCGUUUGAGAAAGCAGAAGUGGGCAAGUGUCGCAAAUGGUUUUAUAAAAAAGAAAAUGGUUAUGAAACAGUUACCACCGAGCUUAACUUGGUCUGCGACUCAACUUAUAAGUCGGCUGUAAGUCAAUCAUUUUAUUUUUUGGGAGCUGUUGUGGGUACCAUUUCUUUUGGUGUCUUGGCUGAUCGUAUUGGCCGUUUACCGGCCAUUUGUUUGACUACCUUUGCCGGAGGUUUGGGUGACUUUUUAUCUUCCUUCGUCUACAGUGUGGAAAUGUUUGCUGUGACCCGUUUUAUUUCCGGCUUAGCAACGGAUACAUUUUUAAUGCUUAUGUAUAUACUGACUUUUGAAUAUCUACGACCGCAAAAACGUACCUUUGGCAUAAAUAUCAUAGCAGCCAUUUUCUAUGGAACCGGUUUAGUUUUAUCACCCUGGUUUGCUUUGUGGGUUAAAUCUUGGCGUUAUUAUUUACUAAUAGCCUCGGUACCGGUUCUACUAUUUCUUUUAUAUCCCUUGCUUAUAUGUGAAUCGGCUAGUUGGUUAUUGACCCGAGAAAAAUAUGAUCGUGCUGUGAAAUGCUUAAAGCGUGUGGCUAAAUUCAAUGGAAGACAAGUGGAGGAGAAGGUUUUCGAUGAAUUUGUGGAUUAUUAUAAACAAAAAGCUUUAGAAGAGCAAAAAAUUAAGAAUAGUGACACUUUCUGGGGCAUGUUUCGUACGCCUCGCUUAAGGAAAUUUACCAUUAUAUUGCUGAUCAAAAGUAUUAUAGUUACCAUGGCUUUUGAUAUAAUCUCACGUAAUGUGGAAGGUUUGGGUUCUUCACCCUUUAAAUUAUUUUCCUUUACUUCUGUAAUUUAUGUACCCGCUGGUCUUACCAUUAUAGCCUUUCAAAAUAUCAUCGGGCGCAAAGGCAUGGCUACAACCUCUUUAUUGGGUGGUAGCAUUAUUACGGCAGUAACAGGCUUUCUAAUAGCCUAUUCUGAUCCAAAUUCUAAUUCUACCUUAUUGGCCAUUAUGGUGGGUUUGGGUCGUUAUGGUGCCGUUGUGGCCUAUGAUGCUGAGGUUCAAUAUUGUACCGAAAUUGUACCCACCAGUGUGAGAGGACGUGCUGUGGCCAAUAUUCAUGUCUUGGGUUAUGGUUUUAGUUUUCUCAAUUCUUAUGUUAUCUAUUUGGGAAAUUAUUAUAAACCUUUACCUACAAUUUUUAUAAGUAUUAUAAUGUUAAUAGGAGCCGCUUUAUGUCUAUGUCUGCCAGAAACUUUGAACCAAAAACUUCCUGAAACUUUGAGUGAUGGUGAAAAGUUUGGUCUCGAUGAGAAGUGGUAUUAUUUUCCUUGUUUUAGUAGAAGAAAAGAAAAACUUGUGAAAAAAUCCGUAGAAGAAAAAUUUGGUUGUACAAAUAAUAUAGAUAUAACAGCUUUAUAA